AUGGCUUAUUCACCAGGCGCAAGAGGUGGUCGUGGAGGCAGUAGAGGAGGCCGUGGAGGUUUCGGCGGUGGCCGUGGAGGUUUUGGCGGUGGCCGUGGAGGCUUUGGCGGCGGCCGUGGUGCUCCUCGCGGAGGUGGCCGUGGCGGUGGUCGCGGUGCUCCUCGUGGUGCUCCUCGUGGAGGCCGCGGCGGUGCCCGUGGAGGCGCUAGAGGAGGUUCUAAAGUUGUUGUUGAACCCCACCGUCAUUCAGGUGUUUUUAUUGCCCGCGGUAAAGAAGAUCUUCUUGUCACCCGCAACUUGGUUCCCGGAGAAUCCGUAUACAACGAAAAGCGUAUCAGUGUAGACUCUCCUGAUGGCACCAAGAUUGAAUAUCGUGUCUGGAACCCUUUCCGUUCCAAGCUUGCCGCCGGUAUUCUCGGUGGUUUAGACAACAUCUACAUCAAGCCAGGUGCCAAGGUUUUGUACUUGGGUGCUGCCAACGGUACAUCAGUUUCUCACGUUGCUGAUGUCGUCGGUCCUGAGGGUCUUGUCUAUGCUGUCGAGUUUUCUCAUCGAUCUGGUCGUGAUUUAUUGAACAUGGCUAAAAAGCGCACUAAUGUUAUUCCAAUUGUUGAAGAUGCUCGUCACGUUCAAAAGUACCGUAUGUUGAUUGGAAUGGUUGACGCCAUUUUUGCUGAUGUUGCUCAACCUGACCAAGCUCGUAUUGUUGCCCUUAAUGCUGCUGCUUUCCUUAAGAACGAAGGUGGUGUCGUUAUCUCUGUUAAGGCUUCUUGUAUCGAUUCUACUGCUGAUGCUUCCGUUGUUUUUGCACGUGAAGUUAAGAAAAUGCAGGAAGAAAAAAUUAAGCCUCAAGAGCAACUUACUUUGGAGCCUUAUGAGCGUGAUCAUUGUAUCAUUGUCGGUAAAUACUUGAGACACCAAUAA